UUUGCUCUUCCACUGCGUCAAGAGACUAUCCAGCAGCACCUUCCUCGAGCCACAGCAAAUUGCACACCACUGUCGGAACAGCCGUGCUGUACUGCAGGAAUGGCAGAAAGCAAAUGUGGACGGGUCAAGCCUUUUGAAAGUCUUCCAGAUGAAAUAGUUAUCAAUAUAUUUUCCUACUUCAACACUAAUGAACUAACAGACAUUUUACAAAAUGUCUGCAGGCGAUGGAAGCGACUGGCACACGACCCGACACUCUGGCGCGACAAAGAGUACGCCAUCAUAGGAAGACGUGUGAUGGAUCAAAGGAGGAACUGCUGUGGGGUCCAUUUCUCAGAGUGCGUCCACUGCAGGUGCCAGCAAAUGGAUGAAGAGGUCCUGCGGUCGGUGGGCACGAUGCCUCUACUGCGCAGACUGACGAUUAUGCGUCCCAUCAGAGGCCGUGUACUGCGCAAGCUCUGCAUAAGCUGUCCGAACCUCACAAGACUUCAGAUUGAAUCUAAUCAGAAUGUGAAUUUCUUAACUAUGAAGCAUAUAUUUCAGAAGUGCCCAAAGAUACAGAAGUUGAAACUACCAGCGAGCAUGCUGCGUAACUGGCUAUUUGUGGGAGUCUUGUCCACCUUGGAACAUUUGACCUGUCUGGUGGUGUUCGAGGACUCGUGGAGUAUGACACCAGUAAGGCUUCGUGAUCUGGUGGAUGCCUGCCCGCAGCUGGAGGAGAUACACACCGACUGCUCCUAUUACAAUACACAGGACGUGGAAUAUGUCCUGAAGGCAAAAAAGCACAGCUUAACUUCUGCUACAUUGCGCUGGAUGUCGGAAGCGUGGCAAAACUGGUGUGUUGUGACUCUGCUGAAACAGCAUAACACUUCAGUUAGGAAACUGCGACUACUCCAUUACAACGUGCCACGUGAUAUGGAGGCUGAGGUGUUCGAAGCUCUCGGUGAUCUACACAAUCUUCAAGAGCUGCGUGCUGAGCGGGUGUCUCCACACGUACCUGAAGUGAUCUCUCUUGCAUUUAAGCCCGGAUGUCUAACACAGCUCCGACGGCUGCAGUUGCAAGGUGCCGCCAACCUCCAGAAUGAGACAGUGCUUACCAUUUCACAGGGCUGUCCUAAUCUGUGUGAACUGAGGUUAAGUAAGUCAGCACUUAUUACCGACGAAGCACUCAGUGAGAUCUACCUUCUGAAACAUUUAGAAAUAUUGGAGCUUUCUGGGUGCAACGGGCUGGGCGGAACUGCCAUCGCCCACGUAGCAGAGCUGCCAGCUCUACACACAUUGGUUCUUCAGCACAUGAGAGACCUGAAAAAACUACUGCCGAGCCUCCGAGAUAUUGUAGACAUGGGGGAGUUGAGAUCCCUCGAUAUCUUGCAGAGCGACAACAUCGAAGCUGUGCCAUUCAGUGAGUUUCCUGGCAGGCUAUUGAAGCUCAGGGAGCUACGUGUGACAUAUGACAGUCAAGGUGAAAAUGUCACUGAAUUGCAACAUAAAAUGCCUCAUCUCAAGAUCUUAGAAACUUUCCGAUAUACAGAGGAAGAUCUCUCAGGUGACGUAGAUAGAGGUGGUGUUGACGAGUAUUACGCUGAUGGUGAUUAUUAUUAUGGUAAUGGUGGCGAUGAUGACAGCGAUGAUGACGACGAUGAUAAUGACUAAAAUGGAU